AUGCUUACCAUUUUAGUAUAUAGAAUUCCAAAAUUCACUCAGACAGUAUUCACCUUCGAAACCAAGUUUUCUAACUGGAUCAAUGGAAGUGUGAUUGGUAGUCUUUCUCUGAGUGAUGAAAACUCCUCCUUAGCAUCAUGUGGAAGUGUUCAAUUUAACAUUGUACCUCGUUCAAACUACUUACCAGUAGCUAUCGAUGGAUCAACUGGUAUUUUGAAAGUUAUUGCAAGUGAUUAUGAAACAAUCAAGAAUAAUCAUACCAUCACUUUUCAAGUGACAGUUAGGAAUGCAAAUACUUCACUAAAUAUAUCUGAUGAUGCAACGGUCAACAUUUUAAUUGAUGAAAAUUAUUCUGGAGAAGAAACAGAAAGUGAGAUGACUGCAGUCAAGAGGGGAGUCAUAGUUCCACCGGAUAUUAUCCAUGUCACAUUUUCCAGAGUAUACAUCCAAGAUAAUCCAAACUAUUGUCUGUUCGAUACAUGGUUUAUUGAUUCCGUAAUUGUCCUCCCACCUGGAAAUAACAGUUUGAUCAUGAAAUUUUCUGGUCCGUCUAUAAAUAAUAUCUAUUACGGAUAUAUACAAUAUUUGUUUGCUUACUACAACGGUACAAAUAUAGCAAAUAAUUAUCCUGUGAAGUUUAAUAAUCUCACAUACUUGGACAAUAAUUCCUCGCCUUCGGAGUUCACAAUGACAAGUCAGAUAAGUGUUUCAUCCGCUCCUGCCAAUGAUUCAAAUGACUUCAGUAUUAAGAUGCGAUUCCAAAUCGGUCUAUUUCCUGGAAUGUCGAUUCCAUCAAUAGGUACCAAUUUAACGGUCAAAAUGGAGACAUUGUUGACUCCAAAGAUUACCGUAGAUAUUCCCAUGAUAGUGUCCUCGAACUGUCCGAUUCAAUAUGAUUCAGUGAAUUUUACCAAGUGCCCAGGGCAAGUGGAAGUCGGUGGGGUUUAUGAAUAUUCUGUGGACUACUUUAUAAGCAGACCCAUUGGCGAUUACGUGUUCACAUUCACUACUGAUGAAUUUAGUGCUUCGAUUGGACAUAUGUCUUUGACGCUACCUACAACAUUCUCUACAUACCCAGAAGGUUACAAAAUAAAUACGCAACAAUACGUUGGUUAUAACUUCGUGCUGACUACGAUUGGCUACGUUAGCGUUUCAAAUCUACAAAAUCCAGGUGUUUAUGACACAACCUUGCCGAUGACGAAUCGAUCAGUUCGUCUAACAGUUUUUAUCCAGAUAUACAGACCAAGUUUGGUAUCCGUUAUGUUUGAAGCAAAAAUCUCACCACUAGGUAAGAAUUCUACAGUGAAUUUUUGUGAGAGCCAACUCAUUCCAUUUGCAGGUUCUAAUUUGGCUGCGAAAAGUAACUUGACAUUAAAGGAUACCUCAAUCGUGAAUCAAGCUGAAAAGUUACAAUUCUUUAAUCUUCAACUGAUUAUUCGGCCUUCUACGACAGCACUUUAUAGUAUUUAUUUAAGUAAUACUGGUAAACUAAAGACUGAACAAUGUUCCGUGGAUUACUUGUUAACAGAAAAUAAUUCAACUAAGAAAGUCUCUAAAACUCCUGUAGUUACUAUUGAAAAAAUCGAACCACGAAAUUCACAACCAACAGUAAACUUUAGUACAAUUGUAGAAGUUCGAGUGAAAUUCGUUGAAGACUUUGUCUAUAUGCCAAUAACUUUUCAGCUACAAGUAAAUACGAAUGAAGCAAUAAUAAUCAGACAAAGUUUUCAAACAAUUGGAUAUCUAUUAAAAUCUGUAGCACCUGUGGGUUAUGAUUCUUCGUCAUCAAGUCAGGUUCCAGGAGUUGGUUUAAUUUCCAUUGAUUCAAAAACAGUCAGAAAUCAAGUUAUACCGAACUAUAUGACAUCACUGAAGUUAACGCUAACUCUGAAACCAAAUGUAUGGCAGACGAUAUAUUUUCAACUUUAUGCUCCAGGUGCCUACCAAGAAUACAUAUUAGUCAAGCCAAUAAUGUUAAGCCAAUCAACAUCAUUGCCAUAUGUCAGCUUAGUGUCGAACUCUUUGGAAAAUAUGGUUUAUUUCAAUGUAGAUAAAGUCUAUUACGAAGGAAUUGCCACCGAUCAAACGAAUUCGGCAGCAAAUCAGUUAACUUACUAUAUCCCAAUGUUCACUGCGAAUUCUGUCAGACCACUGGUCAAUUUCACUUACAAUUUGACAAUUAAUUCGAUCUCUAUAUUUGGCAGCUUCAUAUUUACUACCACUACUCCAGCAGCAUUUACUACAACUCUUUUAAGUGAUUGGACUUUAAUUUCUCCAAGUGCCGCUGAUGUAUACAAACAAAUGUGUACUGGAGGACCGUUUGAAAUUAUAUUGUAUAUAUGUCCCGUUGAAAGACGUUGUUCAUUCUUUACAUACUGGAUCAACAGAAUGGUUAAUGGUAUUGCAGCUCUUAAUGUUACAAAAGUAGUUUUACAUCAAACUUUUUCAGAUGUGCGGUUAUCAACUUCGUUCUCUUUAAAUUUGACAUCUGAACGUAGUCUUUCAGUGGAUAUCCAGUUGAGUGAUAGUAAAAUUGUAGAAAACGGGACUGUUUGGCCGUUGCAAAUCACUGGUCGAUUCAAUGCUGUCACUAAUAUUAGCAAAAUAUCUGUGAUUUGUGUAAGAACAGGGUCAGAAAAACCAUCAAUUCAGGUUGUACUAUCUCAAUUGUCAUCGUUCACACUCAGUGAUUAUCCUGAUAGUCCACAAAUAAAAUCAAUCAGUGUAGUUAAUCAAACAGGGGACAUAGAUAAUGUAACAUUGAAAACUCCUUUAAACCCAGUAACUAAAUCAGUUCAGUUCAUAGCUGGACGUUUAUAUUUUGGUGCGAAGUAUGCAGUCAUCUUUAGUCUGAAAUUUAAUCCAUCUCUUAGCACAACCAUUGUGAAAUAUCCAGUUCUGGUCGAAAUUGUGUGCAAACCCUAUGAACGUGGUAGUCCCGUAGUGAAUAGCUGCGCAAGACAGAAGUUUUACAGGUUCAAAUCUCAUCUGCGUGUUGAACUUGACUACACUUAUCCGUCCAACUUACCUCAUUACGUUGCAAUGCGGAACUCUCUGGUACAGUUGCCCGACCGUCAAGCAAACACAUUUCUAAAUGUUGGUGAUCUUUUGUUUUAUUGUGCCCGUGCGUUUAGCAUAAAAGGUUCAUUAGAUUUGGUGAGACGUUGUUUCAAGAUUAGUAAAUUGCCUGAAAGAAUUUGGUUUGAUGUCGGACCAUUUGUUGAACAGAUUAUAGCAUACACAAAUCCACUUGGCAUAUUGUUCGGUUUGGGAGCAAAUGGUGGAGGUGUAAUAAUGAGUAAGGAUUUGGGAAGAACAUGGAUAUCAAUCAACCCAUUCAUGUAUCAAAGAACUUUGAACACGUCAACUGAAAUCAUCACAGCAAGUGUCAUACCAUGGAUUUCAUUGACUGGUUCAAUUGACAAUACAUUGUUUGAGUCAUUUUGCAAGAUGCGAGUGGCUGAACAAUGGAAUGUAUGCAUUAACGCAAUUUAUGCAAAUGAACUUCUAAUGGCAAACUGGACUAACACCUGUCCAAACAUCAAACCCUUUUAACCGAUCAAUUACUUUCAGUCGGGAUACAAACUUUGUUCAAAUAUUUGUGCCUUUUUAAUGUGUUCAUUUUAUGUUGUGUGUAAUAAUGGAACAUUUAGUUAAUUUUCUAUUCCACUACUUAUCCUGCAAUUAAC